GAGGCUAGGCGGACUGGCUAGGUUAAGGGUUCUAGUCGCGAAGCGCCAGGAGGGCCUUGGUGUGUGUUCAGAUUAAAAUUUUUCACCUAGCCUCAGAAUUAGAGGCCUCAAUUCUAAAUAAAGCAAAACCACAUUAGUCACUCCGGCCAAAUAAGAACUCCGAGGCCGCGUCCACCUCCGAAUUUAAAGCACCAGCAAGCGGAAAACCUAAAAGGUUCGGCGCAGAAAAAGGUCCGUCAGGACGUCGAGCUCGGGAAUAAAAGAUUCUGAGGUUUCUCCUAGCUGCCCGGUUGGAAACGCAACGUCGCAGGAUACUGGCUCUGGAUGUUUAUGACCCAGGCCCUGCUGCAGGUCGGUCUUUUAGGCCCGGGCGAAGAAGGAAGCUGAAAGUGACUGCGUUUUUAUUUAUUUUUAUUUUUUGAGGGGGAACGAUGACUGCAACACACAGGAAGCGGACCCCGUGCGAGGCCAGCGGGGCCGGUGGAGACGUGUAAGUUAGAGAGGUGAAGGGAGCCCUUUUCCGGGGUUGUGGGCUAGCAAGGCCGCCGCAAGGUACCUCCGCACAUACCUCUUGCCCGCCCAGCAGCCAACAGUGUGGGGCGGCGGCGACGGCGACGGCCGGGGCUGGGAGGGCUGGCGGCCGGGGUCCCAGCCAUGGCCGAGUCUGUGGAGCGGCUGCAGCAGCGGAUCCAGGAACUGGAACGGGAACUGGCCCAGGAGAGAAGUCGCCAGGUCGUGGGGGACCGCGACGGAAAAGGCGGUCGGACCCGCAUCGAGAAGAUGAGCCCGGAGGUGGUGGACUCCAACCCCUACAGCCGGCUGAUGGCAUUGAAACGAAUGGGAAUUGUAAGCGACUAUGAGAAAAUCCGUACCUUUGCUGUAGCAAUAGUAGGUGUUGGUGGAGUUGGCAGUGUGACUGCUGAAAUGCUGACCAGAUGUGGCAUUGGUAAGUUGCUACUCUUUGACUAUGACAAGGUGGAACUGGCCAAUAUGAACAGACUUUUCUUCCAACCUCAUCAAGCAGGAUUAAGUAAAGUUCAAGCAGCAGAACAUACUUUGAGGAACAUUAAUCCUGAUGUUCUUUUUGAAGUGCACAACUACAACAUAACCACAGUAGAAAACUUUGAACACUUCAUGGAUAGAAUAAGUAAUGGUGGAUUAGAAGAAGGAAAACCUGUUGACCUCGUUCUUAGUUGUGUGGACAAUUUUGAAGCUCGAAUGACAAUAAAUACAGCUUGUAAUGAGCUUGGACAAACAUGGAUGGAGUCUGGGGUCAGUGAAAAUGCAGUAUCAGGGCAUAUACAGCUCAUAAUUCCUGGAGAAUCUGCUUGUUUUGCGUGUGCUCCACCACUUGUAGUUGCUGCAAAUAUUGAUGAGAAGACUCUGAAACGAGAAGGUGUUUGUGCAGCCAGUCUUCCUACCACUAUGGGAGUGGUUGCUGGGAUCUUGGUACAAAAUGUAUUAAAGUUUCUGUUAAAUUUUGGUACUGUUAGUUUUUACCUUGGAUACAACGCAAUGCAGGAUUUUUUUCCUACUAUGUCUAUGAAGCCAAAUCCUCAGUGUGAUGACAGAAAUUGCAGGAAGCAGCAGGAAGAAUAUAAGAAAAGGGUAGCAGCAUUGCCCAAGCAGGAGGCUGUUCAAGAAGAGGAAGAGAUAAUACAUGAAGACAAUGAGUGGGGUAUUGAAUUGGUAUCUGAGGUUUCAGAAGAGGAACUGAAAAAUUCUUCAGGUCCAAUUCCUGACUUACCUGAAGGAAUUACAGUGGCAUAUACAGUUCCCCAAAAGCAAGAAGAUUCUGUACCUGAAGUAACAGUGGAAGAUUCUGGUGAAAGCUUGGAAGACCUCAUGGCCAAGAUGAAGAACAUGUAAAUAAUGGACCAGCCUAUAUUUUAUUUCCUGUAUUUAAGCCUUUUCCCUUUCAACAAAAACAAAAACAAAAACAAAAAAAUCACUUUAAAACUGAGAAAAUCUUUACUGAUUUGUUAAACUUUUUGAAAAUACUGAUUAUUGCUUGUUGCUCCCCCCCUCUUCAGCUAAAUCAGAAACUCUCCUAAAACUCAUGUUUCAUUCUAGUAAGAAAUCUUCAAAGGAUUACUGUAGGCAGUUGUAAAUCUUACUGAAAACUUAGCCAUUGAACUGUUUUGGCCUUUUGGAGGGGCGGAAGGAAGGGACCAAUUUGAUGCCAUUUUCCUUUUCUUUCCAGUAAGCCUUUGUAGUCUGUUGCCUGAGGCAAUGGACAGUAGAAUAGUGUAUGAUGAAAUAAAGAGAAAGGAGUAGAGGCAUGACCUAAUGAUUAGAGACAGCAGGCAUCUACUCACUGUGUUUGGCAUUGUUCUCUACAAGAAAACUGCCCACUACCACUAACUUGGCCAAUGGGAAUUUCAAAUAGUAAAUCAAUAGAAUAAAAACAUCCUCUCAAAUGUUUCCUGAUGAAAUACAAGCUGAAAUGAAGUCAUUGGAAAAGUCUGUAAACUUGUGAAUUAUAUAGUCAAAAAAGACAAAUAUUAAGGAAGAUUUCUUGAUGGAUAGACAGGUAUUUUCAGGAUGUACGUAUUAUAUUUCUGCUCUAAGGAAAAGCAGUGUGCUUUAUAUAGGAGCAGAGGAUAAAUUUAAGCUAAGAUCAUCUAAAUUAUACCCAUAAUAUAGGUUACCUUCUGAAUAAUUUGUUUAGUUUAUAUUUGAUUCCCUGGGUAAUUAGAUGUGGGCAAGGGUUCGUCCUGGAUAGUGGACAAUAAAAGAGGCCUAAAUUGCCUCUGCAGCCACUGACAUGUAUUUCUUCAUGGGGAAGAGUAUCAUUUUCCCUGAUCAUGACCACUAAAUCAUAAACUGAUACAAUGGCUUUCUCCAGAGUUUUUGCAUACAAAUAAUGGAGGCUUAGAGAGCCUUGGUUGAAAUAAACUCCUAAUGGUUUGGAAACCAAUAAAGAAACAUGCAUGUGUAACUAUUAUCUGUAGGCUGUUACUAUGCUAGUCUCCUAUUUAGGUGAUUUUUUGCUUCAAAGAUGUAAUUGUUUAAAUUCUAUCUCUAGGGGGAAAAUUUAGUGAAAAAUUAAAAAUGCUUUUCCCACUUGUAAAAUAAAAUUUUAAAAACUGAUUUCAUAAUGCCCCAAAUAUCAAAUAUGUUCAAUCUGUUACUUUUGAGAUUUUAGGUUACUGCAAUUCUUAUGUUUAGAGUGACGUCAGAAAAGUAUGGGGGUAGUUUUUCUAGCCUUGAAACUUAUUUAUGUUGCCUUGGUAGGUAAUUUGCUGUUACUUGAAAAUUUAGUGUAUUCAUCUGUAAAAUAACUUUUCUAGUACUAGAGAUGCCAUUUAAUUUCAAAAAAAAAAUGCAGUCUUUCUAAAUCUCAUUCCUUUGGUAUACUGAUUUGAUACCUCUGGUACAUUAAUUUAGUAAGACUUAAAUUUAUAGUUUGAUAAAAUAUAAUAGCUAGGAGUUCCUGCUGUGGCAAAACAGGAUUGGUGGCACCUCUGCAGCACUGGGACACAGGUUUGAUCCCCAGCCCAGCACAGUGGGUUAAAGAUCCUGCGUUGUAGAUCACAGCUGUGGCUCAUGUUCGAUCCCUGGCCUAGGAACUUCAUAUGCCAUGGAACAGCCAAAAAGAAAGAAAAUAAAUUAAAAAAAUAUAUAAAUAUAAAAUAAAAUAAAAUAAUUAAAAUAGCUGAACCUACUGUCUUCUAAAGAACUUUCUCUGUUCUUAAUUCAGCACUGCACCCUGCUGGUGUCUGAUACUGUACCAAAUCUUACCUGAUUUUUUUUUGUCUGAUAUCUUCCAUUAAAGUUAUUAUUUUAGCAGAAAAAAUCUGGUAACAAGUAUCUUUUGCAACCUAGAGUACUCUCUUGACAGUCUGUACGCCAUGAAAACUUGUAUAUUUAGGCAGUUGACUAGGAAAUUAAUCAUCACUGAAUUUACAUUACUAAAUAAACUCAUAGUGCUUGACCAGAUUUGUAACACUAUUGUUUCUAAUAUGAACGAUGGAAACACACUCCCAAAUUGCCUUAACACAAAAGCUCUAAAUUACAGUAUAUCAAAUGAUAUGUUUAACUUUAAUCCUUUAAUUGUUAAUGGGAAGUUAAUUUGUGGUACUACACAAAUGUUUUAUGUAGUAAAAAAAAUAUAUAUAUUAUGGGUUUAUGUAAAAAUAUUCCCUGAAUACCUACACAUUGACCAACCCAAAAAGGUAGUAAACAUUUAAGAAUAUUAAUGAAGCUUUGACCUCCCCAUUGCAUAUUUUUAAAAAAUAUUUCUUUCUGUAAAGUAUCAAUGAAUGAAAAUUAAUUAUAACUACCAUGAUUUGGAGCCCACCAAUUCAGAUUUAUAGUUGUCUGAGAGCUACCACUUUCAUUGUGAAAGGUGUAUAUUAAUGUGCACAUAAUAUUCCUAUAUGAAAACUUCAAAUACAAACAAAUGUCUAUCUAAGCUAUUUUUAUCUUUUUACAUAGGCAUUCUACAUGAAAAUAUUUGAGUUGGUAGUAUAAUUAGUAAGAUCAAAAUAUAGUCUUAAAAUUAUAUUUAAACUUUCUGAAAACUAUAAUAAUUUACCAUAAAAUCACUUUGAAUAAUAUGUUUUCAUUUUCUGUUGUUUUUCAAGUUCAAAUUUUGUAGGAACAAAGAAAAAAAUGCAUAUUACCCUUUUGCUAGGUUUUCCUUUUUCAAGGUUCCUCUUGAAUGUAAAUCUCAGAUUAUUUCCUACAGUUUAAAGCAUUUAAACUUAAUAUGUUACUUAUAAUGUGUUAAACUACUUAUCCACCAUAAGUAUAUUACUAAUACCAUAAAAGAUUAAUUCUAAAAUCAACGUCUGGUAUAUUUGUGAAUUCAGUUACUUUGUGCCUUUCACAGCUGGUAAACCCAGGAAGAUGUGUUACGAUUAUAUUUUAAUCUUCCUUUUUUCUUCUUGAACUUCUCCCAAAAGGGAGAAGAAUGAUGCUCAUUUUGUAAGAUCCUUCCUCACUUAAGUCACUACUACUCUAGCGCCUUAGAAUUAUACCACUGUUUCUCAAACUUAAGUGCAUAUGAAUCACCUGGGGAUCUAGCUAGAUUGUAGAUUCUGAUUCAUUAGGUCUGGGAAGAGGCUCGAGACUCUGAAUUUUUAAUAAGCUCCUAGGUGGUGCUUAUGAUCCUGGUUUAUGGACCACUUUGAAUAGCCAAACCUUAGAGAACAUUAACAAAAUCCUGUGGCAUCACUGGAUUGACUCCAAGUUGAGCAGACUACUCAAGUUGAGAGGACUAGUCAGGAAAUAUUGACAACAUCCAGGUCUUUUUGUAAUAACCUGGAUAUUCAACAUGUUUCUUAACUAUGUAAAUAUGACCCUCUUGUAUGAAAUGGAGUGGGAAAAAGAGAAUUUGAAAUUGCACUUCUAUUUUGAAACAGUGAAAUACAGUUAUCGCAUCUUUCACCUUUACAAUUAAUACAUGUUGGAAUCAGUAAUUACCAAGUAUUAAAAUUAAAGAUUUUAUUAUAUAUAAAUACAUAAAUGUUACAAAACAAUAUCCCAAAUGGGCAAUAUUUAUAAAGUCUGUAAAAAUAUUUAAUUUUCGUAUAAAAUGGCCAAUUUGAGUUUGAGAUAAGAGAGAUAGGUUUAGGUCAUUUAAGAAAAAAGGUCAUGUCCAUAUUUUGGGAAAAGUCAAAAAAAUGCCAAAGAGCUUGAUCUGUUACUGCAUUAAUGACGUCAUAUUGUGCAGGUAUAUUCUAUGCAGUAAAAGAAUAUAUACUGUAGAGAGCAUGGAAAGCAGAGAGCUUGGCCUAAUUUGCUCAAGGAAAAGGUAGAAUAAAACAAAUGCAGCAGUCAGAUAUUCCUAAAAAGAAGACACCUUCCCAUAAACCUUAUCCCUUUGGAGUUCCCGUUGUGGCUCAGGGGAAACGAAUCUGACUAGUAUCCAUGAGGACACAGGUUUGAUUCCUGACCUUGCUCAGUGGGUUAAGGACCUGGUAUUGCCGUGAGCUGUGGUGUAGGUCACAGAUGUGGCCUGGAUCUGGCAUUGCUGUGGCUGUGCCAUAGGCCAGUAGCUAAAGCUCUGAUUCGACCUUCUAAGCCUGGGAACCUCCAUAUGCUGCGGGUGCGGCACUAAAAAGACAAAACCAAAAAAAACAAAAAACAUUAUCCCUUUAUUCCUUGAAAUGUUUCUUUGAGGUAGAGAACUGGGCCAGACUGCUGCUCAAAAGCAAGAUGAGGAACCAUAAGGCUAAAGUAGCUUUGAGAGAUGAGGAGAUGCAUGGAAUUGUUGAGUCUCGUGUCUUAGCUGCUUUGCCAGCUCUUGUAGAACAGACCAGUCUCCUCUCCAUGAUCCACUCUUCAGGUCAUCUUAUGAUUCUCACGUGUCUACAUACUUGGUUCCCAUACUAUAGGAAAGUUAUUUCAUUUAAAUAACUAAAAUUGAAAAAUCAUGACUCAAACUUCAAUGUAGUCCCAAUAAAAUUUCAUAAAAUAGCAGUUAAAUACACAAAGUAAAAAUAAAAAUAAGUUUUCUUAAAAGCAGUCUUUGUAAAUUUUAAAUUCCAAUGUUCCAAAUGUUUAAUUAUUUUAUCCUAAGGUGCACUUGCAAUGAAUUAUAAUUGCUGCUAUUACCUUUGUCCUUGAUGAAGAAAAGUAUUAGGAGAAUGGGUUUUUAAGCUAAAGGUGUCUCCACUUGAUGAGUGUCGGGAAGGAGCUUUUCCACCCAAGAGUGACGUUUCUGCUUCUUUUAUUUCCAUUGCCCUUUUGUAUAGUUCAGCAGCUUUUUCAAAAUCCCCUUCUUCAUAGCUUUAAGAGAAAAAAAAAAAAAAAAAAAAAAAAAAAAAACCUCAAAA